AUGGGAUCUCUCAACUUCAACCAGAACGCCUGGUACCGGGUCAACGUGACAAGGCAAAGCGGCCAGUCUCUGGCCGGGACCCCCCUCUACCUAGACAACGAUACCAAGGGUUCCGUCUCCUUCAAGGACACCAACUCCACCGUGGUGGGAGAGUCAUGGCAGUUCUACAUCUACAACGCCACAACCAUGACCUACGUCUUGCGGUGCCUGGACAGCGGGCCGCACUCAUACCUGGCGACUACGUCGUUGAAUGAUGGCGAGGUUGGCGCAGAUGCCACGACCGGGCACACCACGCCCAUCGUGGCGAAAUAUCCCGUCGCGGACGAGUCCAUCUUCUGGCAGAUCGAGCCGUGGGGAGACGGGUCCUAUUAUCUUUACAACCUGCUCAAUGGGUCGGACUGGCGGCUGAAUGUGGAGUCUACAUCUGAUAUGGACAUGGACUCGAACAUCACCGCGCCGCAGACCGGGCAGCAGUUUACCUUUCAAGAGAUGGGGCCUAUUAAUAAUUAUGACUUUUCGACGUAUUAUCCAUACCCAACCAGCACGGCGACAGCCUCGUCCUCAGCAACACCUCCCACCACUCACUCUCCCUCCCCCUCCCCCGGCCUAUCCACUGCAGCCACAGCAGGAAUCAGCAUCGCCGCCACGGUGCUCGCCAUCAGUGUGCUGGGCCUUUUGAGUUGCUGGUUCUUCCGCAGGAGGCGCAGGCGUCAUCUCCCAGGACUCUCGGGCGGCGGAGGAGGCAACAGCAGCACCACCAAGGAGGACAACAAUAGAUGGGCAAUGGCAGGCUAUAGCGACGGGACCGCCUCGGAGAUGCCGGGUAGCUUUGGGACGAGGGCAGAGCUGAUGAGCUCUCAGGCCAAGCCUGUGGAGUUGGCAAGUGGUUCCUACAGCCCUGCGUCCCAGGCCUAG